UUACCCUGCUGAUAUAUAUCAGAUUUCAUUUGUAGAUCUUUUUAAAUUUCCUACCGGAAGGCAAGCACAUUUAAUAGUUCCUCUACUUAUCAUUAUUACAUUUUCGCUGUUUUGAUGUCGGAAAUGGCUGACAAAAUGAAGGUGCCACAGCCUUCAGUUGGAGAAGAACCAACUCCCCCUGCAGAUGGAACUCCUAUGGAAGAACGUUCCUCUACAACGCUGUUGUUGGAGGGUGAUCCUGUGGAGCCGAAUCGCUGUUGCUGGAUCUGCUUGGCCACGGAUGAGGACGAGCGCCUGCCUUGGGUAAAUCCAUGUUUAUGUCCAGGAACCACCAAGUGGGUGCAUCAGCAUUGUCUCCUCCACUGGAUCGACGAGAAGACGCUGGAGGGGACCGGAGAACAAGAUGUUUCCUGUCCGCAGUGUCAGACGAAGUACGUCGUUUAUCCGACUUUAGGGAAGUUUGCUGUUGUGCUGAAAAUGAUCGACAUUUUGAUCUCCUGGUACCUGAGUCCUUUCCUGGCAGUGAUUUUUAUGGCGGUCUCUGUCUAUUGGCUAUCUAUUACAUACGGAGCGGUGACCUUUUUGCAAAUUGCUGGCCGGGAUCGCGGCAUGUCUAUAUUUCAAUCAGGCGAUCCUUCGAUUAUUUGGAUCCUGGUCGUACUUCCAUUAAUCCCAGUUGGUCUGAUACUCUGCCGCUUGAUUCCUUGGGAGGAUGCCCUGUUGCGCUUGUUCCGAAGUUGUGGGUCACUGCUGCGAAAUCUACCCUUCAUGAAGCACAACCGAGAAUUUGAGGAACAGAACAAUUCAGUUUUUAUACCUCUGCCGGAUCCCAUUUCGAGAGAACGCAUCAUCUGCGGGGCCAUCCUUCUGCCCACCAUAUCGUACCUAGUUGGAAAUCUCUUCUUCCAUUCUGUGGACAAUGCGUUGAGACGAACUCUUCUCGGAUGUUUUACUUUUGUUACUGUUAAAGGAAUCUUAAAAAUGUAUCUGAAGCAUCAGCAAUAUGUUCGCUGCUCAAAGCGUUACGUUCUAAAUUACACGGAGAAAGAAGCAGGACAGGAUCAGCCAGAUGGUUGAGGAGGAAGUCCUCUUUACCUCCAGACACACAACACAUCAUCUCGUGAUCAAUCGAUAUCUGGAAAAUAUCACCAAUGUAUUAAGCUAAAUCGUUUGUAAGCUAUAUAAUUACCGGUAAUCCAAGGUAUACCUAGUCCUGGUUCAUAUAUAACAAUUUAAAAUUUGCACCAAAAA